AUGGCACCGAUCAUAUCAAUGUCCAGUUAUGGAUUAUUGAUAAUUACCUUACUUGUAGCUUGUAUUACUGUAGAAUCUAGAGGCUUUCCUAAAAUUCCAGGAGCAUACUGUUCGGCUCGUUCCCCAACAUGCUGUGAAAGUAGGGAUGAUGAUUGUACAGCUCCAAUUCUUGGAGAUCAUCUGUGCUAUUGUGAUAUGUUCUGUGACCGUGGCCCAGAUGGAGGAAACGAUUGUUGUCCUGAUUUCGAAGCGACAUGCCGAGGUGGUUUCUCAUCGAAGAAUGAUAUCAAUGGACAAGAGUGUAAUCACAAUGGCGCCCGUUAUUACGAAGGUGAUACAAUUAAAAGAAAUUGUGAAACUUGCGUUUGCGAAAAUAAUUAUUGGAAAUGUGAUGACACUACGUGCUUGAUACAAGACGAUAUUCUUGAGAAGGUUCAACAUGGCCGAUAUUCAUGGACUGCCAGAAAUUAUUCAUUCUUCUAUGGUCGAAGUUUGAGCGAUGGCAUCAAAUACAGAUUAGGAACGCUGUUCCCAGAACAAUCAGUGCAAAACAUGAAUGAAAUUGAGAUCAAACCAAGAGAACUGCCAGAAGAGUUCGAUGCAAGAGAAAAAUGGCCCGAGUUCAUUCAUCCAGUGCGUGACCAAGGAGAUUGUGGUAGUAGCUGGGCAUUAUCUACAACUACCAUAUCAUCUGAUAGAUUAGCCAUAAUAUCAGAUGGACGAAUUAAUUCUACGGUGUCUCCCCAACAGUUAUUAUCCUGUAACCAACAUCGUCAAAAAGGUUGUGAAGGGGGAUAUUUGGACAGAGCCUGGUGGUACAUCCGUAAAUUAGGAGUAGUUUCGGAGACAUGUUACCCAUAUGAGUCGGGAUUGAGUCGUGAACCCGGAAUAUGUCAUAUCCCUAAAAGCAGCUAUAGAUCUGGUAAAGGGAUAACUUGUCCAUACGAUGACACCAUCGAUAGUACUGUUUAUAAAAUGACUCCUCCGUACAGAGUUUCAAGCAGAGAAGAGGAUAUCAUGACUGAAAUCAUUACUAACGGACCUGUGCAAUCCACGUUUGCCGUACACGAGGAUUUCUUCAUGUACAAAGGAGGAGUUUAUAAACACAGUGAACUUGCAAAUGCUAAAGGAGCCCGUUUUGUAGGAGAAGGAUACCAUUCCGUUCGUGUACUAGGAUGGGGCGUGGAUCAUUCGACUGGUCGGCCUAUCAAAUAUUGGCUGUGUGCGAAUUCCUGGGGAACUUCUUGGGGAGAAGACGGACUAUUCCGGAUUAUCAGAGGAGAGAACCAUUGUGAGAUCGAAAGCUUUGUAAUAGGAGCCUGGGGCAAGGGGGCCAAGAAGAAAAAGAGAUUUAGAAAAUUUAGAAAGAUGCGUAGACGUGUUCGUAAAUUUUAA